UUGCCAAGUCUCAUUAUCUUGAAUGUUUAUUGGCCAGAAAUCGUUCGUGGCUUCAAUCCGGAACAAUUAUGAUGGUGGAGAAAUUGUAGACUGUUUUUUUCUUUAGUGCAGUUGCCGAUUUUCCUGGACACGUGGCGCUGGCUACUUUUGACAGAGGGAGGCAGAGAAUCGCGGCGCGACAUGUCCGUUUUCCACGACGAGGUGGAGAUCGAGGACUUCGAAUACGAUGAGGAUACCGAGACCUACAGCUAUCCGUGCCCCUGUGGAGACCGCUUUCUUAUUACGCGGGAAGAUCUGGAGAAUGGGGAAGAUGUGGCGACCUGCCCAAGUUGUUCACUUAUAGUCAAAGUGAUCUACGACAAGGAACAGUUCAUGUGUGGCGAAGAAGUCUCACCACUUACAGAAAGCAAAACAUUAGUUAAAUGCUGAUAAUCACUGAAUAAAUAAUGUUCUUCUUGAAUAGAGUGGCAACAGUUGGACAGAAAGGACACCUGUUCUGAAAACUUCAUGCUUUAUGCUUUGAUAAUUUAUUGCUUACCAGCAGCUACUUCAAUUCAAAGAUGAAUUGAUGUGGUGAAAAACUAUAUUUAUUUGUGCAUAAAGACACACUGCAAAUAAAUGAUAUUUGAAAGAGUGAAUAAUGUAUCAAGUUUAAGACUGAACAUGAAGAUGGUAGACAUGCAUUUGGGUUGAAUGCUUUAUUGAACCUAGACUAUUUGAUUCCUCUAACUAAAUACAAAAAGUAAACUAUUGGCUUUGUGUUUUAACAAAGAAAAACUACAGCUUUUUUAAAAAAAACUACCAGGCCUAUAAUGUGCACAUCUCUCAAUCAACUGGAGCUAUAGGCUUGUUGAAAAACACAUUUUGUAGUUGUUUAUGGAAGAAUACUAGGUAGGGAGCCAUGAUGACUCAGCAGGGGAGUGGUAUUCCAGAAAGUGAAGGCUACCACAGAGAAGGUUUGCUGUCUAAUUCAUGCCCCACAUAUUUGUUCCAUGUGAAGGUGUAAUAUUCUCAACAACCUUCUCUGGAUAAUUAAUUAAUUAAUUAAUUGGGCAA